GAGUGACUGCGUGUGAAGCGUCUACGCUGACAGAGUAUCAAAUGAUUCCACUGGUUUUGUAUUUCAUUUGACUUCUUUCUCUGAGAGCUCUGUGAGGGCAGAGAAGCUCAUGUAGAAGCUGCAACCACAGGUAUUCUUCAUCUCAGCCAUUCACUCAUUAGGGAGGAAAAAUAAAAUAUAAAAUAAAAUCAAAAGUUGUAAGUUUUCAUCUCAACCCUUGAUUUCCCAUUCUUCUCUCUCUCUCUCUCUCUCUCUCUCUCUCUCUCUCUCUUUUGUAUCCAAUCUAUACAAAAAAAAAAAAAAAAAAAAAAAAAAGAGGAGGAAAGAAGGAAGAAGAAGAUGUUCCAUUUCCAUCAUUACAGAAAGCUCCUCCAAAUCAACACCCAAACACUGCAAAUCCAAUCUAUACAAAACCCAUUUCUAAAAUCCCAUUACCAAACAAACCCACCUUCUCCUUUCGUACAAUACCUCAAAAACUCAUGUGGGUUCUCACCAGAAAAGGCUCUAACAGUCUCCAAAAUGCUAAAACACACCCCCAAGAACCCAGAUUCUGUCCUCACCUUCUUCAAAUCUCAUGGGUUCUCAGAAUCUCACCUCAAAUUCAUCAUCAACAGAAUCCCACGACUCCUCUUUGCCAUCCCCAAGUCCAGCUUAAGUCCCAAGAUCCAAUUCUUCAUAGAGAAGGGCCUCUCCGAAUCCGACAUCGUGGGCCUCAUCGUUUCGAAUCCCUACAUCUUGAACUUCAGCCUCGAAAGCUGUAUAAAACCGGUGUUUGAUUUCAUCCGCGGCUUUUUGGGCAAUGACAGAUUCGUGAUUGAAUUACUCAAGCGGUCUAUGUUUAGAUUUUAUCUCCAAAGAUUGGUGAGCAAUGCGACUGUUUUGAAGAAUUAUGGUGUCUCGAAUUGUCACAUUUCAAGAUAUCUUGUGAAACGACCUAAUGCAUUGAUGAUGCCAAACCCUUGUCAGUUUAAUGGCAAGGUGAAGAUGGUUACAGAAAUGGGGGUCAUUCCUUCAACAUAUAUGUUCAUGGAGAUGGUCCUUGUAAAGGGAAGUCUAAGCCAUUUGACAUGGGAUAUGAAAUUCAAGGUGUAUAGGAGCUUGGGGUGGUCAGAUGAGGAGAUAUUGUUUGCCUUCCGGAAGUACCCAAGCUGUUUUUUGACAUCGGAGGAGAAAAUUAGGAAGGGGAUAGAUUUCUUUGCCAAGGAGUUAGGUUGGAGUACUUCUUACAUUCUGAGCUAUCCGAUGCUUCUCUCGCUUAGCAUGGAGAAAAGAGUCAUGCCCAGGUACAGGUUUCUGCAGGUUUUGGAGUCAAAGGGCCUAAUUAGUCUUGAUAAGAAGAAGUUUGCAUGGAGUUUUACUAUGGGCCCGAAGCAGUUCUUGGAGAAGUAUGUGAUGAAGCACCAGGCAAAGGUUCCGGAGAUAUUGAAGGUUUACGAGGCCAUGAUUGAAUCAAAGGGACUGAGUAUCAAGGAUGGAGAAGAGUGUGAGGUUCAACACUUGUAACGUUUUGUUUGUGAAAUUGCAUUAUUUUCACUAUACAAGAUUUUCGCUCGCUUGCAUUUUGCUCGUCUGGAACAGAAAUUUCAACCUUUUAUUGAGGUUGUGUUUUGUUGCACCAAAUUUAAUUGAUUUAUCAUGAAAAAUCUUGAUAUUUGGUGCAA